AUGCCUAUGAAGUAUCACUCCAUCGCUGGCAUCGACCAGAAGGUCUGCGAGGUCAACCUCGGGACCAUGACCUGGGGAGAGCAGAACACCGAGGAGGAGGCCUUCGCGCAGCUCGACAUGGCGCUCGAGAUGGGCGUGAACUUCAUCGACACCGCUGAACUGUACCCCGUGCCGCCGAACGGCACGACCUGCGGCCGCACGGAGCGCUACAUCGGCAACUGGCUCAAGGCGCGCAACAACCGCGACAAGGUCGUCAUUGCCACCAAGGUGGCCGGCCCCGGCGCCGCACACGUCAAGGCGCACCGCACGGAGCCCCCGGCGCCCGUGGGCGACCCGUGCGAGCUCACCGCGGAGCAGAUCCACACCGCCUGCGACGCGUCGCUCAAGCGGCUCCAGACGUCGUACAUCGACAUCUACCAGCUCCACUGGCCGAGCCGGUACGCUCCGCUCUGGGGCUUCAGCCAGUUCGACCCCAGCAAGUACAAGGCGGGCGUGUCGUUCGAGGAGCAGGUCCAGGCCAUGGGCGACCUCAUCAAGGCCGGCAAGAUCAAGGCCUGGGGCCUGUCCAACGAAACGGCGUACGGCGUGACGAUGAUGUGCGAGACGGCGAAGAAGCUCGGCGUUCCGCUGCCCGUGACCAUCCAGAACGACUACUCGCUGGUCGACAGGAAGUUCGAGGUCGACACCGCCGAGGCUUGCUACCACUACGGAGUGAAGCUGCUGGCGUACGGCCCGCUCGCGGGCGGCACGCUGUCCGGCAAGCACCUCGCGGGGAAGGCCGACCCGGGCUCCCGGCACGUCAAGUUCCCCAACUUCCAGGCGCGCUACCACGACACCCCGACGAUGAAGGCCGCGGAGAAGUACGCCGCGGUUGCCAAGAAGCACGGCAUCUCCCCCACGAAGCUCGCGCUGGGCUUCUGCAAGAGCAAGUGGUUCAUGGGCGCGACGAUCAUCGGCGCCACCACGCUCGAGCAGCUCAAGGAGAACAUCCAGGCGUUCGACGAGGAGCUCCCGCAGGCCGUCCUCGACGACAUCGCGGCCGUGCACAUGGAGUGCCGCAACCCCAACUGCCGCGAUUGA